AUGGCAGUCCCAGCAGCCCUGGCAGGACUCCAGGCAGAAGCCAACUGUCCUGUCUGUCUGGAUUACCUCAGAGACCCCGUCACCACCGAAUGUGGGCACAACUUCUGUCGCUGCUGCAUCCAGCGGUCCUGGGCUGAUCUCAAGGACAGGUUCCCAUGCCCCGUGUGCCGUCACGCAUGCCAGGAGAGGCACUUGAGGAGCAACACCCAGCUGGGAAGGAUGAUUGACAUUGCCAAGCUUCUCCAUAUCACCAGGACCAAGAAGAGGAGGCCGGAAGAGAAACAUUUGUGUGAGAAGCACAACCAGGUCCUGACCCUCUUCUGUGAGGAGGACCUCGAGGUGUUGUGUCCCAAGUGCACACAGCCCCCUGACCACCAGGGCCACUUGGUGAGGCCCAUGGAGGAGGCCGCCUCUCAUCACAGGGAGAGGCUCAGCCGUUACAUUGAGCCCUUGAAGAAGCAGAUGGAAAAUGUUCAGAAAUUAAUAAACAUUCAAAGCAAAAAACCCUUAGAGCUGAAAGAGAAGGUGGAAAAUCAAAGGCAGGAAUUACUCUCUGAAUUUGAGUGCUUGAAGCAAUUUUUAGACCGUGAUCAAGAAGCCGUUCUUUUGAGGCUAGCCGAUGAAGAGAAAGACAUUCAGCAGAAACUCAAUGCGAACAUCACCGCAUUUUCAAACUACAUCUCCAUACUCAGAGGUCUGCUUAGUAAAGUAGUUGAGAACAGUGCGCUGUCUGAAGUGGAAUUGCUGUCACAAAUUAAAAAUUUCUACAGGAGGUCUGAGGAUGAGAUAAGUCCAUCAAUUUUCUCAAUCCAGUUAAGAAGGGAAGGCUGCAGCUUUCCUCCCCAGUAUUCUGCUUUGCAGAAAAUUAUAAACAAAUUUAGAGUAGACAUUAUCCUAGACCACGAGACUGCACACCCUAACUUGAUUGUCUCAGAGGAUAAGAAAUAUGUGACGUUUUCGAAGAGAAAACAGAGUGUUCCUCAUUUUCCAAAAAGGUUUAUAGCCAACACAGUUGUCUUGGGUUUUCCAUAUUUUUAUUCUGGCAGGCAUUACUGGGAGGUAGAAGUGGGAGACAAAUCUGAAUGGGCUGUGGGGAUUUGCAAAGACUCCCUUCCCCCAAAGGCCAGGAGAUCUCCGCAGGCCUGGCAGGGCUGUUGGGUGAUUCAGCGACAGGAAGAUGGGUAUGAGGCGGUGGGAGCCACGGCAACUGUGCUGCUUUUGGCUGUGAACCCCAGAGGCAUUGGCAUUUUCUUGGACUAUGAGCUGGGUGAGAUCUCAUUUUAUAACAGGACUGAAAAAUCUCACAUCUAUACUUUCACUGACACUUUUACCAGACCUCUUAGGCCUUAUUUCUAUGUGGGACCUGAUUCAAAACCUCUCAGGAUUUGUAUGGGGACAGAUUGUGAAUGAAAGCUGCCUGGAUCAUCUUCAUAGUUAGUUUUAAAGAAUGGAAGGUGGAUGGGCUAUUGUAUUAAUAUGCCAG